AUGGACAAUCACGAGGAUGAAAUCGAUCGGCCAUUGAUGACACAAGCAAAGGCUCUAUUCUUUGAAUUUCUUGAAAUUAAAGAGAUUGGUGCUAUUGAUCGAUCAAUCACUCUCGCCCGUGAAGCCUUGGCAAGCACACUGCCUUCUGAACGCGUGGACUGCCUUCACCAUCUAGCAAUAUGUCAUUCCUUGCGAUUUGAGCAUUGUCAUGAGAUUCAGGAUCUUUCUGAGGGCAUUGUUCACCUCGAAGAAGCAGUGACCACAUCACGAGAGCCUUCGAAAUAUGCUGUCGUCCUGCAAGUUCUGGCUAGAACGCUUGGGGAUCGUUACCUAGAGACUGGGAAUGAAAUGGAUUUUGAUCGCGCAAUCUUUGUCGGUAAUCAUGCCUUGGGUCUUAAUGUCUCCGUCGAAUCGCGAAUCAUGUGUUUGCAUACACUCAGCAAGAUUUUCCACUUUCGCUUCACCAGAUUGCAUUUUUUGAGUGACUUGAGCCCUGCAAUCCAACUGGGGGAACGAACCCUAGAACUUUCGUCAGCUGGUCAUUUCAAGAGAGCCAUGCUAUCGGGCAAUUUAGCAAGAUUAUAUACCGCCAGGUUCCACAGAUUGCGAGAUGUCGAAGACAUAGAAAACGCCGUUGGCUAUGCAUCAGAAGCAUUUGAGACCAAUCAGGAUCCAGAAGAGGAUGCAGUAUAUGGCAUCCUUCUGAGCGAUGCGCUUGGAAGCCGUUUCGAAAUGACGGAGCACCCGGAGGAUCUCGGGUGCGCCAUAGAUCUCGCGAGGGAAGUGGUAGAAGCAACUUCUGAGGAAGACGAACAAUUAUUGGCAGACCGACGCCAUAACCUCAGCACGCUUCUCAAUGAUCGAUUUAGCCAUUUUGACAGCGUAACCGAUCUUGAAGAAGCAAUCAGCCUCGAAGAAAGUGCUAUAUCCGCUCUCAAUAACAACCAAUCCAAACUGGUAAUGGCUCUAGAUCACUUAGGAGAUUUAUUGGAAUCCAAGUCCCAGCUCCGAGAAGAUGCUUCCGACUUGAACCGAGCUAUUGGGAUGGCCCGCGAUGUUCUCAACCGUACUUCUACUCAAAGUGAGGAGGAGCGCGCACUUUACUAUUUCCACAUGGCCCAUCGACUCUCCAGCCGAUACGAGUUCUUCGGAAACAUCGAUGACCUGCAAGAUGCGAUCGAGAUGAUGGAAAGGGCACGACAAGCAAUAAUGGCCGAUGACUUACAUCUCCUCGAUAUAACUAUUGACCUUAGCAAUCUUUUGCAUAAAAGAUAUCUCCAUCUGGGUCUGAGCAAUGAUCUCGCGAUCGGAGUAGCCCUCACCCAAUCGAUAUUGGACGACGGGUACGCCGAGAGUCUCACGAAACAAGAAGAUUUAUGCAAGCUCAGUCGCCAUUUUUCCGAUCGACACGAGAUGACGGGAGCACUUGAAGACGUACAAGCAUCCAUUCAUUUUGCUGAGAAGGCCGUAAAUCUGGCAGAUGUAGACCAUCCCCGGCGCCCCUACUCGCUAUUGCAGCUGAGCAUUUCUCUGGAGGCCCAUUUUAAGGCCCUGGGAUCAUUAUCAUCCCUGGAACGUUCGAUUGCGAUCAGCAAGCAAGGCCUUGAUUCUAUUGCAAACGACCAAAAUGCCACGGCAAAUUUACAAUACGUUCUGAGUCAGCAGCUCUUACAAAGAUACGAACAGCUAGGAUCUCUGGUUGAUCUACAGCAAUCAAUAUAUGUGAUGCAGGAAUGCAAGGAAAACACACCAGCAAAUCAGCCAGGACAAACCGCUUGCCUUUAUGCCCUGGGUAUUCGGCAGGGCUAUUAUUCUGACAGAUCAAAUGACGUUUCCGACUUGGACAAGGCCAUUGAUCUGACAAGUGAAGCGCUAGCACUGAUUCAUGAUCAUGGGAUGACAAGGGCCAACGCUCUGCAGGGUCUAAGCACGCUUCAUGAAUCCCGCUUCAAAGCGAGGAAUUCGCAGCGAGACCUACAGCGCGCAGUUGAACUCAGUCGUGAGGCUCUCCAAGAAGUUCCAGAAGACCACUCUGAGCGGAACAGCUUCUUGAGUAACCUUGGUGACUUGUUAUGUCUUUACCCAGCGACGGGGGUAUCAUCCCAUAUCCAGGAAGCCAUAGAACUUCACUCAAGAGCUUUAAGUACGACAUCAAAAGACCACCCCAAUCGGGCCAUGUAUCUCAUCAACAUGGCAAAAGUGAUGAUUCAGGCUGGGAAACCUGAGUUUGAAUCUCAAAGCCCGCUUGAUCUUUUCGUCGAAGCUCUUGGUCAUCUGAAUUCGCCUCCCCUCGAUCGCAUCACAGCAGGGCGAAAUGCCUUUGACAUUUAUACUACUACAAAUAAGUGGGAUUGCGCGGUUCAUGUCGCAAGAGAGGUUACAAAACUUUUUCCAUUGUUCGUUCCACGUUGGUUGAGUCGCGAUGAUCAGCAACACGCUUUGAAGAAUAUCACCAACUUCACCUCUCAGGCUGCGUCUGCAAUUCUUCAGGCGGGCGGAGCCCCUGAAGAGGCACUUCAGACAUUGGAGCUUGGAAGGGGAGUUAUUGCUGGCUUCAGUAUAGACCUCAAGGCUGAUAUCUCUAAGCUUGAGAGGCGCAAGCCCUUGCUGCAUUCCAAGUACAUUCAACUUCGGCGACAGGUUCUAUUGAACUUCUCUUCAAGUACAUCUUGGAGUUUUCAAGAUCUUCGAAUCAGGGAUCGCCGAUCACAGAGCCUUUCCCCGGCCACAGGCUCCCAGCGAAUGGAGAUUCUGCAGCAACUAGAGAAUCUGGAAUCAACCAUUCGUGACGACCCGGAAUUUCAUGACUUCCUCAGACCCCCAUCUGUCAGAACCUACAUGGGACUUGCAUCCGCGGGGCCAAUUGUGGCAUUUAAUGUCACACGGCUGCGAAGUGAUGCUCUUAUCGUAACAGACAAACAGAUUGAGAGAUUGCAGCUAAAUGAACUACAUUAUGAUACAUUGGAGGCCAGGAUCAAACGAGUGAUCGGGGAAGAUCGGCUUUCACGGGGCCUGCCAAGUGACAAGCCCAAGCGAAACCAAGAACUCCAAGAAAUAUUGGCAUGGCUGUGGGAUGUUGCGGUAGGACCCGUCUUGACUCAAGUGGGCUUCCUGAAACCGCAGCGACCUGCUGGACCACCUCCUCGCAUUAUUUGGGUUACAAGCGGCUAUAUGGGCCUUUUGCCGUUGCAUGCAGCUGGAAACAAGGCAGCAAAUGCAUUGGACUACGCUAUUUCCAGUUAUACACCUACUUUGCAAGCCUUGGACUUCGUUCUGCGGAGAGCAGACCUGGUCUCCCGCGGUCAAGAUCUAAAAGUCCUCAUGAUCUCCGCACCCAAUAAGGAAGGUCGCAAUACUCUGAGAACUACUACAGAGCUUGCUUCAAUAGAGAAAGGCCUCCAAGAUGAGACGUGCGUCACUAUCCUCCACGAACCGACCUGCCUAAGUGUCUUGCAAGAGCUUCCAAAUCACGACUUGAUUCACUUCUCAUGCCACGGCCAAUCAAAUCCAAUCAACCCCUCAGCCAGCACCCUUGAGUUAUCUCCACAAAGUGAUGGACAUGAGCCUUCCUUGCUCACCGUGAGGGAUUUGGCAUCUUUAGAUCAUGAUAGAGCUCGAAUUGCCUAUCUUUCCGCAUGUUCCACAGCGGAAAACUCUUCUAGCGAGCUUCUCGAUGAAACAAUACACAUCGCCAGUGCUUUUCAGUUGGCUGGCUUUCCCAACGUUAUUGGAACGACUUGGGAAGUGAUUGAUAAGGCUGCGGUUGAAGUCAGCCGGCAAUUUUACGAGAUUCUGGGCCGGCAGAUACGUGAUGACGGACAUCUGGGUGACAUCGCUUUCGCUUUACAUGAAGCUGUUCAAGCACUCAGGACAAAGAAGCCAAGGGAUCCUCUUUCGUGGGCUCCAUUGAUUUACCUGGGAGCUUGA